AUGGGGCCCCCCAGGACCGCAUUUGCUUCUCUGGCGGAGGCGCUGCGCAAGGCGGGGGCCGCGAGGGCGGCUUGGGGCCCAGCAAUUCGUCGGCCCACAGCCCCCACAGGCCCUCGGGGGAGCGGCGGGGCCCCGGGGAGAAGCGGGAAGCAGCAGCAGCAGCAGCAGCAGAAAGGAGAGACGCAGCAGAAGCAGCAGCAGCAGCAGACAGGCCUCCUACGUUCAGGCGGGACAUGCAGCAGCAGCAGCACCGACAGGGCAACGCCUGGGGCCGCUCGUCAGACCACCGAAGACAGCGGGGGCCCCGGUCUUGCUGCUGCUGCUGCUGCUGCAGCAGCAGAUGACACGGGCCCAGGAUUCCAGACGGACGCGCAGAUCGCAGCAGCAAAGGCCGACUCGGGGGCCCCGGCGCCCAGACCAUUGGUCAAGUGGACAGGAGGAUCGCCCGGGGUGGCCCUGCAGACGCUGGAGGAGUCUGCUGCUGCUGCUGCUGCAGCAGCAGCAGCAGCAGGAGUGCCCGUGGGGGCCUGGGACCAGAAGACGAGGAGGCGAUGUUCAGCGCUGUGA